CUGCAGAAAAGAAAAUUUUAGAUGAGACUCGGAAAAUAAAAUAAAAGAAAAACAAAAUACAAUACAUACAUUUUAUUAACUUCUACAAACGACAAACAUGUAAUUUUAAAUGCAAUUAAUAAUUGUUUAAUAAAACAUAAUUUAAAAAAAUAAAGUGAAGAAUUGCAACAAAAAAUUUACAUAAAAAACAUUUGGAAUAGUUCUAUAUACAAGUUUUUUUUAAUUUAUGUAGUUUUUAUAAAGUCCACCAUAAGCUUUGAUUAACUGGAAUUCUUGCUGGUGGAAUUAGUCAGACGCAACAUACAAAAAUAAAUGAAUAACACCAACAACAAAAACAACAAAUAUUUAUAGUAAAAAAUCAAACGAAUUUAAUAAUACCUAUACAACAAAUAAAACAAACAUUCCAUAACUGUAUACAGGAAGUAAUAAUUUACACACCGAAAGAAAAACAACAAAAUAAAAUUCCAUUACACUACAAAAAAGAAAAUAGUAAUAAUAAUAAAACAAGAAACUAUUAACAAUUAAUUAAUUAAAACAAACUAUGAUACGUAACGGUGGUGGAGGAGCAGGCGGUGGCGGCAGCAACAAUAUAGGUGAUAGUGGCGGCGGUGGUUGUGGAGCCUCAGCUGCCAUGGGUGGGGCUGUUGGUGGUGGUGGUAAUGAUGGCUGCAUAUAUCCCGAUGAAGUUAUCAUGGAAAAGGGGGUGGCAUUCAAUGUGCGAUAUACGGGUUGUAUCGAGGUUAAUACAUCUAUGAAAUCUUUAGAUUUUCAUACUAGAACACAAGUGGCCAGGGAAUGUAUAAAUCGUGUAUGUGAAGCAGCUGGUCUAAAAUCGGCCGGCAAAAGGCGUAUUGAUAAGAAGAUAGCUCAGUAUAUAGCAGAAAGACCGUGUAUGGCGAACGCUGGCACCAAUGUUAUCAUUAAUGUUUCGAGCCGUUCAUUGAAUUUAAUAAAUGUCGAUAAUAGCGAGAUAAUUGCUUCACAUCAAAUGCCCAGAAUAUCAUUUGCCUCGGGAGGGGAUACGGAUACUCUAGAUUUUUUAGCAUAUAUUGCUAAAAAUGAAGAUGAAUGGAGAGCUUGCUAUGUUUUGGAAUGUAUAGGUGGUCAAAGUGAAGAUCUUAUUGUCACUAUAGGCAAAGCUUUUAUGUUGCGUUAUAAUGCCAUCAAUCGUAAAGGUCAUCAUUAUGGACAAAAUAUAGAUAAUGUUAAUGCAACUGUAAAGGACAACGAUAAGGACUACUAUAAUGAUUUACCCAACAAAUUACCUCCAGAUUUAAUAAACGACAACGAAUUGCAACAUGAGCAUGAACAGCAACAACAACAAAAAGUGGCCCAAUUAAAUCUAAAGAAACCCAGGGAUCGCCUUAGCAGUAAUUUAAUCGAUUUAAAUAGUCCACCGCCAGAUCAGACAUCAAAUAAACUCAAUUUAAAUGCAUUUGAUCCAAUGAAGGAUAAUAUGAUAAUGGCACAACAACAGCAGCUGCAGCAACAACCUCCGGAUGUAUUUGAUAUACCUCCCCUAUCUCUAUCGGCCGAAGUGCAACGUUCUCAGUUAAUGACGGAAACUUGGUUUCAUGGUUCCAUUAGUCGUCCUGUGGCCGAAAGUAUGCUUGAUAACGAUGGUGAUUUCUUGGUACGUGAAUCUCAGGGCAAACAUGGCCAAUAUGUUUUAACUGGCCUACAGGGCAAAACACCAAAACAUUUACUACUUAUCGAUCCCGAGGGUAUAGUACGUACCAAAGAUCGUAUUUUUGAAAGCAUUAGCCAUUUAAUCAACUAUCACUGGACAAAUCUAUUACCCAUAAUAUCUGAAGAUUCAGAACUAGUUUUACGCACUCCGGUGGUAAGACUAAAUAGUUCAGCAUUAACAGGAGCUGGUUUAAACAGCAAUACCACCAAUACACAACAUAACCAUCAUGCUCAUUCGCAUACACAUCAUUCUCAUUUGCAAUCAUGUAAAGAAUAAGCGAAACCAACAAACAAACAACAGGAAGAACAAACAAAAAAAAAAAGAAACAA